AUGGCUGGUUCCGAUAAGAAGGGUGCUAAGUUGUUCAAGACUCGCUGCAUGCAGUGCCACACCGUUGAGGCUAACGGCGGUGACAAGGUCGGUCCCAACUUGCACGGUCUCUUCGGCCGCAAAGCUGGUACCAAGGACGGCUUCUCUUUCUCCGACGCUAUGAAGAGCAAGGGCCCCACCUGGAACGAGGAGGAGAUCGACAAGUACAUCGAGAACCCCAAGAAGUUCAUUCCCGGCAACAAGAUGGCCUUUGCUGGUCUCAAGAAGGAGGCUGAUCGCCAGGACCUCAUUGCCUACCUGAAAAAGGCUACCGCUUAA